AGUGCAGCGGAUCCUGUAUUCAGAAGCGUUUGGAGCUGAUAUGUAACGAAGAAUGAGGUUCUUGUUUCUUCUAGCUGUACCUCCGCUCUGUCUACAUGAUUCGGCAUUGAACAUAAACUACUCAUUUGAUUCUCCGCUGUUGAUUUACAAAACCUCAGUUUGAUUGUUUAAGAAUGGCUCGCAACUGUUUGUCUCUUCCACGGGUCCCUGAUCCUCGCUAAGCAACAGGGGACUGAUUACAGUCCAAACAUCCCAUGGAAAGAUCGUGUGGGGAAGUAGAAUACUGAACGGCUGCCUGGCUGAGAAGAAAGUCCGUCUUUAUCCAAGACUUAUCCUCACUCAUCGAACGAGAAACAAAAUCGAGCAGUGCGUGUCCAAGUGCUCUGACCACUUUCAUUCUAUCACAUUGGAAACUCCUUCAACACCAACAGUGAAUGGUGUUGUCGUUUGGAAAUUAGGCUGUCAUUUUCCUUGGAAAUUAAACAUUCCAAAGCAAGACAAAUCAUUGACACAGUAGACAGACAAGAACAAAGACUAGGGUACAAACGUGGCUGUCGAAAAUGUGAGUUGUCUUUUGGAAGCCUGAACAUUUGUUUAUUUAUUUGUGCAGUGGGGAGAAAACAUCUUCCCCAAUCAAAGUGAAGGAGGUGCGCGGCGCUCCAAUGAGACAGCUACAGCAAUGAUUGACAUGUUCUCAGUCUUCCGGGUGUGACCUACCUGGCAGAGUGAGUGAGGUUGGGAGAAGUUGCCGCGAAAUCAGUCCUUUCAGGUUUUGAGAACGAGUGUGGCUUUUAAACAUCUGUUGGCUGGAAGAGCGAACGGAAGGAUGCUUUUUGAGGUUGGACUGGCGCUGUUUACAGUGCUAACAGCCACAGAUGCAGUCAACGUUGUUGUCAACUCCAAAAACAUAGAAAUUGGUAGAGGCGAUGAGUUGGUUAUCAGUUGUCAAUACAGUGUAAAUACUGCAGCAAGGGAUCUCCUUAACGUUGAAUGGUAUAAACUCCCAGAUGAUCCAGAAGAAGGACUGACUGAUGUGGUCCAAUUCUUUCAUGGUGGAUACUAUAAAGCUGGAAAGAUGUAUGAGGGCAGAGCAAAUUUCACAGGAAAUGUUGACGUGGAUGACUGCUCAAUUAAGAUCGCGAAUUCACUUAUGACAGACAGUGGAACCUAUGAGGUUGAAGUUAAAACUCCUUUGGACCUAGAAGGCAAACGGAAAGGCACAGUAGAAGUGACUGUAUUGGUCCCUCCAUCACCACCAGUUUGUACAAUUAAAGGAAAAGCUGAAUAUGGACAAACUGUUAAACUGACUUGUCACUCUGCAGAAGGAUCUCCAAAACCAACCUAUUCUUGGCAGAGUUUCAAUGGAAUGAAUCAGCCAAGACAGUUACCCCAAAUGUCUUCUCAAGAACCAGAUGGAUUAUUGCUAAAAAAUCUUUCAGCUGAAACAUCUGGCUACUUCGUAUGCACGUCAAGAAAUAAGAUCAAAACAGUCUCUUGUAAUAUAACCUUAGCGGUAAUGCCUCCUUCAAUGAACCUUGGCUUUUAUGGUGGAAUUAUCGGAGGUGCAAUUGCUGUCAUCGUAAUCCUUGGCAUCAUUAUUUACUGUUGCUGUUGCCGUGAUGAAAAGGCACCCAAAGAUUAUGAAAUGGGGGAUCAACACCACCACAGAGAAUAUGAAGAUGAAGAAGAACUACCUGAACGGAAUUCCGCAAAGCAUGACAAUCGAGGAGCCUACUAUGAUGAAGUUCCUUACGAAAAUGAAGGGGAGAACUCUCCCCGUCCCAUUGUCAGAACUCCCUUGGCACCACCGAAUAAACCUAGAUAUGUCCCAGAGAAUCACGAUGUGUAAUAAGAGCAGUUUCCCAAAAGUAGCUUUAGUCUAAUGGGUAAAAUUGGGUCUUAAAAUUGCAAAAUAUAAUUGGAACAAUUUAAUGCAGUAAGUGUAUGUAGGUAAGGUUUUUUUUGUUUUAAAAUAAGAUAGCUGCCUUUUCUAGAGUUAUCGACUUUUUUUAAAAGUAACUCUUUAGAUUUUGGUUAUGUCCUGAAAAGAAGUCCUAAGUAUCAUUUUCAUUUCAAUCAGCAGUCGGAUUUCUUGGGGGUUGGUUAGUUCAGCUGGUUGGACAGCUGGUUCACAAUGUAGAGUGACAGCGAUAGCAACAGCAAAGUUCAAUUUCCAUACUGCAGAAGUCAUCAUGAAGUCCUACAUUCUCAAUCUUACCCUCUCAUCUGAGGUGUCUCUUGGUAAUGAGGGGAUCUUCUGGGAUGCUGGAUGGUCACUCUACAUUUUUUUUUAAAAAAGUUUGUUAUUUUUAAUUUUGGCCCUUUUUUUAAAAAAAGGGAUAUAUAAUUGUUUAAAGUUAUGCUUUAAUGUGGGCUAUUUAAUAUAAAUCGACACCUUGCAAGAAUGCCUCAAUCGAUAUUAUCUAUGAAGUUUAGCUUCAUUUUUAACCUUGCAGUUUGCUUCUCUUUUCCACACAUUUUAUGGGAAUGGGUAACCUCCUUGCUUCUGAGCUAAAUAUCUCAGGUCCAACUCCAGCUGGACCUAUGGCCAAUUAAACUGCAUCCAUAAAAUGUGGCCAAACAGGUUGACUAUUAACAUGUAAAUCUCUCUAAUACAGAGUCUGGGGUGAUUUUUGUUUCUGGUUGGGGUGCAGUCAAGGCCUGCCACUUUGCCUAGCCUGUAAUAAAAGGUUGUGGCACUGUAGACUAGACUUGCCUUCAGGUAGUGAAUUAACUUAAAAAACAAAAGGAACUUGCAGCCUUCAGAGGAACAAAGUUCAUUAGACAAAAGUAGAGCAAAGUAAGCUUGAGAGGUUUGAUAGAGGUUAAGAAACUUUUGAACAUAUUAAGUAAAGGGAAACCAAUUUCAGUACUGAAGGAUUGAUAACUGCCAGGACUGGAUUGGAGGUAAUUGGAAUGAGAACCAGAUGUAGUGCCAGGAAUCACUGUACCAAACUGUGAUCUAGAAUGCAAUGCCUGAAAGGUUAGCAGAAAUUAGGAGAGGUUUUUUUUUAAAAUUAAGAGUCAUGGAUUUUGACUAAUUGAAUUGCUCCCACAAAAGAGCUUUCAAAGAAUGAUGGGCUGCAUACCUUUAAUUUGAGGCACAAUCCAUGCACUCUUCCUCAAACAUUAAAAUACCGAGUAGUAUCUCAAAAGUAACAAGUUUAACUUGCUUAAAACAUGAAUUAAAGCAUUUUUCAAUUUUUUUUCUGUAAACAAAUACAAUAAAUAAUGAGGUGCUAGUGUUGGACUGUGGUGGACAAGGUCAGAAGUCACAUGACACCAAGUUACAGGCUAAAAGGUUUAUGAAAUCACAAGUCUUUAAAGAGUGCUGCCCCUUCGUCAGAUGAAGUGAAAGCUAAUAAUGGUUGGUGCAGAGUCACAUGGAGAGGGUCUUAUUCCAGUCAUUUGGUUUAGCUCCAGCACCACUAUUUUCAAUUUUUUGUAACUAUCUCUGCCUCAAAUAAUCAGAUUGUAGAUCAUCCCUUCACUUGCUACUCAACUGUUGACGCUUUACUAGCAUUGUUAUCACUGUUUAGCUCUAGCAGACUUAUUAUUCAGCUCGUCAGCCCCACUCCAAUCGCACCAUUUGUAUUAUCUUUUUAUGUCUCUGAUCAUAAAUUCCAUUGGAGUGUUUUUACUUCAUCUGAUGAAAGAGCACAGCUGUGAAAGCUUAUGAUUUCAAAUAAAGCUGUUGAAUCAUAACCUAGUGUCAUGUGACUUCAAACUAUAACAUUUGAGAUUUCUUCAUGACCAUUUUUUCAUAAACCAUCUCUUCAUCUUUAAAUGCAACAAAAGUUUCUGAAAUUCCAGGCUCAAUUCUUGAAAGUAUGUCAAAUCUCUGUUUUUCUAUUUGUGAGAUAAUCCUUUCUGUGAGGUAAAGAAAGGAAACAAUGCUGAUAAUGUUUCUCAUUUGUUAUGCUGUCACGUUCCAGAGACUACACUGUGCACAAUUGGCAAAAUAUGUGGCCUGUAGCUUAAAGAGGAUAUGGUCUAGAAAAUGGAUCUGAAUGCAUUAGUAAAAUGGCUAAUCCAAGUUACCCAAUUCCCAUUCCUACAUUCUUCCAUUUUUGAAAGUAAAAAAGUUUCAGUAUCUUUUAAAUAGUGUAUUUUCAAACAGGCAUACUUCUGAUGGGUGUCUGUGCGACAUGAUUCUAUUUCAUAACCAACAAUUACAUGAAAGAUUUUUUGCUGGGUAACUGUGUACAUUUUAAAAAAAGUCAUUUUGCAUUUUCAGUCUAACAUUAAAAAUUAAGCUCCCAUUUAUGAUAGUUGGUGUCUGGAGAGGAUUCUAUUUAGCUUCUUUAUCUUUAUAUUCAUACAAUAAUAGAUAUGAGAAUAAAGUAACAGUCACUAAGUUGACAAAUCA